UCUUUAUUGACGAUAUAAUUUUCACUCUUUCUUCUCACGAAUUGUAUCAGUGGGGCGUAGCAUGCUUGUGACGUGUGGUCGGUAACGGCUUUUGAACCCAUCUGAGCCGAGGUUAAUGUCGACCCAGUUCCGGACCGGUUUCUUACUCUUUUCGCACUUCGUCGUGAAGCCUACACGCCAUCAAGUUCCUUCAGUUUUUCGUUAUGGUCAGCUGAAGACACAGAAUGUUUAGCAGCCUACAGUUUACAGGAUGGUGUAUCUACGUUAUUUACCUUAUAUCAGAAUUGGUCCUGGUGUUGGCUGAUGAGGCAUACAUUGGUCUGCCUUUAGGGAAACUAAACACUUACGCUCAUCAAGUUUCUGGUCAAGUCUAUGCAGUCGACGAGUACACGCUUCUCAUUAGAAAUUUCUUUUACGAUGGACUAGGACAAGAUACAUUCUUCUGGGCUGGAGCAACAGUGAGACCAAGUAAUAUAGGAUUUAUUGUGCCCGACGAAGAAGGAAAAACCAAUAGGCUUCAAAGAUACGUAAAUGCUGAUGUCACUUUGCGGCUGCCUGAUAACAGGAAGUUGUCUACCGUCAAAUGGCUGGCUGUUUGGGAUCUCAGGGAUCAUAACAAUUUGGCGGAUGUGUAUAUUCCGGAGGGUCUCGAAGCACCUUCUCCGCAGAUGAUAUCGGAACUGAGCAGAAAUUCUCACGGCGUACAGUGCGAGGGCGUAGUCGUCCAGGAUUCCAAAACCAUCACAAUUCUCAAUCUUCAAUAUAAUGGCAAUGACUCAGAUGUGUUUUUCUGGGUUGGCGUAGGCCCUCAACCAACACCUUUUGGAACUAAGGUACCGGAUGAAAAUGGAUAUUUAAAUGGUCUGACACCUUACUCUGGAAAAGAUGUCCACCUCCUGCUGCCAGGUAAAAUGACCAUGGAUGAUGUUGAUUGGUUAAGCAUCUACAACAUAAGAACUCAAGAAAAUUAUGGAUCCACAGUUAUUCCAGAUAAAUUGAACAUUCCUCCAUCACUCAUACAUAUAAUAGAAGUAGAAUCUCCGUUGCCAAACUGCGAGCAGUUGCAUAGAGACUUCAGAUUAAGUUGGGAAAUAUUCGGUCCUGCUAUUACAUUUGAGCUUGCCGGACAAAUAGCUGAAGAUGAGUACAUGGCCCUUGGUAUCAGCGGGUCUGAAAAUAGUUCUCAGAUGAUUGGAUCAGAUGUUGCUGUGUGCUACAUGGAUGGCCUUUUGGGAACUGCUGCGGAUUAUAAUAUUUCUGGAAAGUUUCCGUGUUCCAAUGUUCUGGGAAAGAAUGGCGGCGUUUGCUUAGACGAGAAAGUUGGAGGAGUAGCAAAUGCCUAUCAAAUUCAUACAUAUGUAAGGAAUAAUGGAAUCACUACUUUAACAUAUAGAAGAAAUCUUCUUAACACAGAGGACACUGGUGAUAAAGUAUUCAAUCAAGAAGGUGACACUUAUAUGGUAUGGGCCAUAGGAAAGUACAACAGAUUCAGGGAACCAACUUAUCACAGAUUAGUCUUAAGAGGCGAUCUGAAACUCAAUCUUGGACGUAAACCUGGAGAGAAAAACUGUGUACCGUUUUCCAGACCCAGAUCACAACCUGUAAUAAAAUCUUGGGGUCCAUUAAGAAUCAGAGAUCCACAGAUAACUACAUUUACAGUUAGAGUAGGCGUUCCAGGAAAUAUAAAAGGCUAUCAUGGAAUCACAGGUAGAUCCUCUCCUGGAGUAGCAUGGUAUGUGAAUGGGCUAUUGAGUCCUGAGUUGUAUUUAAGACGCAAUAGAAGGUAUACUUUUAUUGUUGAAGGUGGCAACGAGCCUUAUGAUGCCAGAUUCUAUCAUCCUUUCUAUAUAACAGAUGAUUCUCAUGGAGGUUACGGUAAAUACACAGAAGAAGAAAGGCAGGGAAAGAAAAUCUACGCUGGCGUAGAAUUCGACAGAAGAGGUAGACCUCAUCCAUCAGUCGCUGGUCGUCUGUGUGCGUGGGUGCACAACUCUUCCCAUCGUUAUUCAGACGAUGAUUUUCCUACUUUUCCCAAAUUUCGGAAAACACUAAAACUGGAGUGUGCGGAAGGAGAACCAUCCAUUCUACAUUGGACGCCUAACGCUACAGUUCCUGAUCUUCUUUACUAUCAAAGCUACAGCCAAAGUGACAUGGGCUGGAAGAUAUUUAUCGUGGAUGAGAUUAUCAAUGCUGCUACAGCGACCUUUCCUUUUAGUCUAACAACUUCCAUUUUAUGUGCUUUCAUUGUGUGUUUAUGUACACAUCUAAAUAGGAUAUUUUAACAUUUUUAGAAAUUUUAGAGAUUAAUAUUUAUUAAAAAUUGUUUUUUACUUUUA